UGGAGCGAUCAAGCUAUUCUUCUGGCAGAACGCCGCCGAUGCGGUUGAGUUCCGGUUUUGUGUUUUUAUCGUAGCAAAAAUGUUGUACUGCAGUCGAUUGCUGCGAGGCUUUGUGCUGAUGGCUUUGUUGGCCUCCGCACUCGAGCGGACGACAGUCGACGCACAAGACGCUAGCUUUUACACCAACCUAAUAACAUUUGCAAUUCACAACAGUGAGCAAAACGUGACCACGACCGUCGUUUCGGACUUUGAGGAUUUCGAAGCGCUCGGGUGCAACAGUUCCGAUCCGUUUGCCGUCAUCGUGCACGGCUGGAAGGAGAGCUGCCAGACGGAGUGGCUGGUGGACAUGAUUGGCAAUCUGUCAAGCGUUCGGGCCGGCUGUAUCUAUUGCAUGAAUUACAACAAUUUUUCCCGCCACGACGACUACUUUGGGCUGGUGCGCCAGUUCCUGCCGAUAUCGGAGGUGCUGGUGACGAAGCUGCACCAGUUGGAGCGAUUUGGGUACGAUUUCGAUGCUGGUUACAUGUUCGGAUUCAGCUACGGUGCCCAUCUGGCGUUCGACUCGCUAAGGAGGUUCGGUCCCGGCCGGCUGGCCGCCCUGGAUGUUUGUGAACCAGCUGGGCCCGGGUUCGACGGGGAGCAACAGUACCGCGAGAAAGAUCCUAAGGCAGCGGCCAAAAAUGUGCAGUGCAUCCACACGAGCGACAACUAUGGUACGCACGAGCGCAACUGUCACCAGAACUGGAACUUGGGACGGUGCGGUAAAUCACAGGACGCAGCCGGUCCGUACCCGAAGGGCUCGCACGGGCUCUGUCCGUACAUGUACAACAGCGCGUUCGAGCACGACUUUCUAGCGAUGCCCAACAAGCAAAACUGUGAAACGAAACGGCUUGCCCCGGCGUGGCCAAAGGGAUUCCGGAUGGGAUAUUUCAUGGACCGCGAAAGUGACGUGAUUGGUGAUCUUUUUGCGGCCACCUCGAGGGAAUACCCGUACUUCGACAAUACCUUCGCUAACGAAGUCAAUGAAGUUUAAUUAGUUUUCGAAACGGGGGACACGGGACUACGGACUACCGGACGCCCCCGUUUGUCGUGGGGCGGAACAUCCGUGCCAAAUUAGUACCUUCCCGUGAACUGGGUGUGGUGUGUGUGUAUGGAUUAUUGUCGAAUUAGUUUGUCAGAAUCUGUUGUAAAGAUGUUUAUUGCGAUCCCGAAACCCUUUUUUUGGUUCCGUUUUGUUGGGUUUUGCAAAAAGAGGAAAUAAAAAAAGGCUGAAAGAAUAAAAUCUUUCCUGAGUACCUGCGGUAUUAUCCGACCGAAACCGGUCC